ACCGACGCUGCCCUUCCCGACCUCACCAAGCUCCAACCCUCCAACAUCCAGCACCUAAUAUUCACCUCCAUCGACCACCCAUCCGUUCAAGACGAAACAACCUCCGUCACCACCCUCAUCGAGGCCUACCUCGCCUCCCAAUCCCUCCCCUCAACCGUCAUCCUCUCCACCACCAUUCUCCUCCGCAACAUGUCCGACUUUGCCACCAUAAACCCCAUCUACGGCUCCCUAUUCCCCUUCCCUAACCCCCCGUCCCGAGUUUGCAUCUCCUGCGGGGAUCUCCUCCCCAAAGGCAUCAACAUCGUCAUCGCCCUAGCCCUCUCGGCCACCCCAGACAUCCAAAGAGAGGGCCUCCACGUCCAGAGCAGAUCCUACUGGGCACCGGCCAACAUCGGCCCCUAUUCCCAAGCAAUCACCACCCCUCUCUUUCCCAACUCCCAAGCAAAAGCAGUCAGGAUCGCGGGUCAGAUCCCCCUCAUCCCAGCAACCAUGACCCUUCCCCCACCAGAAGAAGACCUCAACACACAACUCGUCCUCUCCCUGCAGCACCUCUUCCGAAUCGGAGUCGAAACCGGCGUGCAGCUGUUCACCUCGGGAGUGGCCUUCUUCCCUCGCUCCUCCUCCGGGAACAUGCAAGAAAAGGUCAAACUUGCAGCCAAAGUUUGGGAGUUGGCACAUGCACUCCCCAAAAAUGAGGAUGAUGAUGAUGAGGAGGAGGAGGAGGAGGAGGAGGAGGAGGAUGAAGAUGGUCCAGAUAUUUGGGAUAGGAAAUAUAACUCGACUUAUACCUCGUUUGCCUCGGCCGGCCAGGCCACCCAGGGGCCGCGGCUCCCAGAUUGGAGCGCGGUAAAGACCAAAACUACCAUUCCGCCUGUCUUUGUGGCUGAGGUGGAGGAGUUGCCUAGGGGAAGUGGAGUGGAGUGGCAGGGUCAUCUUGGGAUUGCCUCUGCUGGGGAAGAUAGUGUGGAGAUUGUGAAAAGGGGGGAGAGUAUCUGGCAGGUUGUGGUGGAGGAGAGGUUUGUUCAGACUGUGGUUGUUGAGAGGGUGGAUAAAGACAGUGUUGAUGAGGGUGUUGGGGCGGUGGUGAAGGAGUUGGAGGGGAGGUGGUUGGUGCCUGUUGUUACCUAUUUGGAUAAGGGGUUUAAGUACAGAUUGGGCGAGGAAGGGAAGGGGUUGGUUGUGCCGUGUAGGAGUUUGUGGGAUGGGAAGGGGGGGAGGGUGGGGAUGGUGAGGGUUUGGGAGGGGGUUUUGAGGGAGGAUUGA